AUGUCUAUGUCUAAUUCUAGUCUAACUCCGGGUCAAUCAGACCGCCAAAAUAGUCCACAAUCAGUCGACGACGCACACGAGAGUGAAUUAGACGACCAAGACCGUCGAUUAGCACCUUCAAAAUCGCCCUCUGAUAUCCUCUCCGACGUCUACCGAGGUAUUAGGAAAGCAAUCCCGACUCGGGAAGAGUCUCGUAGGUUUGCCAGAGCACCAUCGAGACUAGCCUUUAAAACAUCAACCUCCAACUCUACGGCCUCGGAGAUCAAUUCAGCACCCCUUCUAUCCAGGCCGGUGCCUCCACAACAUGUUAGAAAUUUGAGUUUGCAGGACAGUCUCGAGAAACCACUUCCAGCACCACCGCCACCAUCAUUAUCCCCCUUGAGUCUUGUAACUCCUUCAGCACCGUCCGGCCAGUUGCAAGACAGCCUAACUGCCAUAGUCGACAACGACACCGCCAACGAACCAGACGUGGGCAAUCAGACGAAAACGAUGGAUUCCAAUACGUCGAUGGCUUCAACCCAGAUGUACAGCGGUGGAAAUGACAUGAGCAGUAGUCAAAGUAGCAUAGCUAGCUCCUCGAGAGCUGACGGUGGGGACGGCCAGAAAGAUAACUUGACACCCCGAAGUAAUGGACCCCUCUCGGCUGGGCCGUCUCCCCCGGUUGCGUCGACCAGCAGGACCCCGGCUCUCGGCGCGGCCGUUGGCACUCCCGCAACUUCGGGCUCUUCCGCUCACCUGUCCGGGUUGAUGUGCAAUGUUCAUCGUACAACUGGUCAAGAACCUCGCCCUCUAGUGGGCGCCACAACCACAGUCUUAGGGGAUAAGCUAUAUGUCUUUGGUGGACGGAUAUUGUCGCGAAGUAGGCCAGCUCCCCUCACAUCGGAUCUUUAUGAGCUAGAUCUUAUCAGGAGGCAUUGGAGUAAGCUUGAAACCACCGGAGACAUUCCUCCGCCCCGGUACUUUCAUUCCAUGUGUGCUCUAGGAGAUACCAAGAUGGUCUGCUACGGCGGCAUGUCGCCGACUGCCACACAACCUACAUCCGCAUCCCCGGACCAGCAACCCGAAGUGACCGUAAUGUCUGAUAUAUAUAUCUACGAUGUUAUAACUAAGAGGUGGACUUACGUUCCUUCUCAAGAUGCCCCACAGGGUCGGUAUGCUCACUGCGCCUGUAUCCUGUCAUCUUCUGCGACAUUUUCGUCUCACAAGGCGCCCUUGUCUGCCCUGCAGCACAAUCCAUCUACUGGAAAUCCGAACGAAGGCCGGAUCGGUAUCAAUAUAGACGGCGCCGGCGGGGCCGAGAUGGUAGUGGUCGGUGGCCAGGACGGAGCCAAUCAUUACAUCGAGCAGAUUAGUGUUUUUAACCUUCGCAGUCUAAAAUGGACCUCGACGCAGUCUCUUGGAAAAUCCUGCGGUGCAUAUCGUAGUGUAGUCGCGCCUCUGCCGCCGAGCGUGACUGCUAAAAUUGGCAAGUCGAAUAUCGGUAGCUCGCGCCAAGAGAGCGUAAUCAGCCAAGAGGCUAAAGAGCCCGGCUCGUCGAUGCUCAUUUACUCGAAUUAUAACUUUCUAGAUGUAAAGCUGGAGUUACAAAUACGGGGCUCGGACGGCUCGCUCGCCGAAAAGCCAAUGGCAGGGACGUAUUCUCCCCCCGGCCUGCGGUUCCCAAAUGGAGGUGUUAUCGACACAUACUUUGUUGUCAGUGGCACGUAUCUUACCAGUUCGAAACAAGAAUACGCCCUGUGGGCUUUGGAUCUUCGAAAUUUAACCUGGGUGCGCAUCGAUACUGGCGGUAGCGUCUUUAGUCAAGGAAGCUGGAACAGAGGCGUCUUGUGGAACAGGCGGAAUAUAUUCGUGAUUCUUGGAAAUCGUAAGAGGAGUUUGGUGGACGAUUACAACCAUCGCCGGAUUAAUUUUUCUAAUGUCUGCAUGGUUGAGCUGGAAGCUUUCGGUUUCUACGAUAACCCGCGCAAGACGUCACCGCUGGCCGGCUUCAUAUCUUCCAGCAGCCCCUUCACGGCCCCCGGUUUGAGCAUAGCUCGAAAGGCUGGGUGGACUGGCGGAGGAAGGUCGCAUAUGCGCGCCGCCGAAGAACUAGGCGAGAAAGCCUUGGCACUGCGAGAGUUGGCAGAUAUGGAUAUUCUAUGCUUCCACGGGGAGCGCAUACCCAUUAAUUCUCGAAUAGUCGCACGGCGGUGGGGUCCGUAUUUUGUGCAGCUACUCCGUGAGGGCGCUGCUACACAGGAUGGCAGUGACUCGGCAACGCUCAGAACAGGCAUGUCGGGGCAAGCAGGCGCCCGUAUGUCUACGGUAACAAUCACGCAAUCAAACAGGAGCACAGGCGACAGCAGUUUGUCGAUGGCCACUACAUUGAAUAACACAUCUUCUGCCGGGUCUCUCAAGCCACCCAGUACGGCGGGUACCUCCGCAUCCGGCGGUAGUGGGCUGGCAGAUGUGAGCGCGAUAAAUUCGGCGCCAACCCCUGCAUCGUUGCCGCCUAGUUCUCGACCCCGAUGUUUAUACCUCCCCCAUACGUGCCCAACUGUCCAGGCUCUCCUCCAUUUCCUCUACGCGUCAGCGCUGCCUCCUCCAUCAUCACCCCUCUGCACGCCACAGAUUCUCUGUUCACUAUUGCAGAUUGCACGACCCUAUAAGAUAGACGGUUUAUUGGAAGCCGUAGUCGAGCGUCUUCACGCACGCCUUGAUUCGCGCAACGCGGCAGCUGUAUUCAACGCCACGGCCAUGGCAGCGGGUGGGGGUCGCGGGAUUGAUGGCAGUAUGAACCCUAAUUUUUAUACGGCUGAAUCGUCUAUGGCUGGUGACCCCAUCAAUCCCUUCCAUGAUCGAUCAAUGUCUGUGUCUCAGUCUAGUACCGGCGGGGCAACUGGUGCUCUAGAAGUUCUCCGGAUCAACACCAGCGUAUCUGGGGCGAGGCCAGAACCCGAAGAGCUUAGCGCUACGACGAGCGUAUCAGGUAGCGAGUGGAGUAGCGAGCUCGGCGGUAGUGAGCGCGGCGCCGUUAGGGAAGUAUGGAGCGGAGAACUAAGUAGCGUCAUCGGCCUACAGAAGCGAGGCCUAAGAGGUUUAAUGGAGGGGCGACGAAUGAGGGCAACUGUUGAUCGCGAGCGUGAUGGGGGCCGGUCAGAGAGGUUUGGGUCGAGGGUGGGAUUGGGGAUCGCGGGAUCUUAG